AUGGAUGAAGAAUUAAAAUGCCCCGUUUGCGGCUCUCUUUUCAAGGAUCCUAUUCUUUUACCUUGCUCACACAAUGUGUGUUUGGCGUGCGCCCGAAAUAUCAUUGUACAGACCCCAGAAGGCGAAACACCUCCACAAAGCCGUGCCUCCGGGAACUCGGACUACGAUUAUUUGGAUAUGGACAAAAUGAGCAUGUAUAGUGAAACGGACAGUGGCUAUGGAUCAUACACGCCGUGCCUCAAGUCUCCAAAUGGGAUACGGGUGUUUCCUCCGACUCUGGUGCACCGCCACUGCUCCAUAACGUGUCCUCUCUGUCACCGUAGUGUCUCUCUGGAUGAGCGGGGACUGAGGGGCUUCCCACGUAACCGGCUACUGGAGGCGAUCGUGUCUCGUUAUCAGCAGAGCCGCUCUGCCAACGUGAAAUGUCAGCUGUGUGACCGCAACCCUGUCGAUGCCACUGUGAUGUGCGAACAGUGCGACGUGUUUUACUGCACACCAUGCCAGCAGCGAUGCCACCCUUCCCGUGGACCGCUGGCCAAACAUCGAUUACUGCCACCGACCCAAUCGCCCGCGGCUGGAAGCCAGCAGAUGCCCGCCGGCACCAUACGCAAACAAGGAACGUGUGCAGACCAUGACAUGGAGAACUUUAGCAUGUACUGCGUCAACUGCAAGACUCCAGUGUGUAUGAAGUGUCUUGAGGGUGGCAAGCACGGGAGUCAUGAUUUAAAACCUUUAGCUGCCAUGUGGAAACAGCACAAGUGUCAACUCUCCCAAGCUUUGAAUGGUGUGUCAGAUAAAGCCAAGGAUGCCAAGGAAUUCCUGAUGCAGUUGAAGAACAUGCUUCAGCAGAUACAGGAGAACGGGGUGGAGUUCGAGGCCUGCUUGGUGGCUCAGUGUGACGCCCUGAUUGAGGCUCUGACGAGGCAGAAAGCCAAGCUCCUCACCAAGGUCACCAAGGAGAGGGAGUACAAGCUCAAGGUGGUGCGUGACCAGAUCACACACUGCACUAUGAAGCUGCGUCAGACCACGGGAAUGAUGGAGUACUGUCUGGAGGUGAUCAAAGAGAACGACCCCAGUGGCUUCCUGCAGAUCUCAGAUGCGCUGAUCAAACGUGUGACGUCGUCUCAGGACCAGUGGGUCAAAGGGGCUUUGGAGCCCAAGGUGGGCCCUGAGUUUGACCUGACCCUGAACACAGACCCCCUUCUGCAGACCAUACUACAGCUGGACUUUGUCCAGAGCAAAGUGGAGUCUGCCACGGUGCCCCCGGCCCCCCUGCUGCAGCUGGAGAAGUGCUGCACCCGCAACAACAGUGCCACCCUGGCCUGGAGGGUCACUGUGCCCCCUAGCAACCCCAUCGAAGGCUACAUCCUGGAGCUCGACGACGGCAACGGGGGUCAAUACAGGGAGGUGUAUGUAGGGAAGGAGACCGUGUGCACUGUGGACGGCCUCCACUUCAACAGCUCCUACAACGCCAGAGUCAAGGCCUACAACUCCACCGGGGUGGGGCCCUAUAGCAAGACUGUGGUGCUGAAGACAUCUGAUGUGGCCUGGUUCACCUUCGACCCCACCUCGGCUCACAGGGACAUCAUGUUGACCAAUGAGAACCGUACAGUGAGCUGCAACAGCUACGAUGACCGUGUGGUCCUGGGGACAGCCGCUUUCUCCAAGGGGGUCCAUUACUGGGAGCUCAGGGUGGAUCGCUAUGACAACCACCCGGACCCUGCGUUCGGGGUGGCGAGGAUCAACACGAUGAAGGACAUGAUGCUGGGGAAGGAUGAUAAGGCCUGGGCCAUGUACGUGGACAACAACCGCAGCUGGUUCAUGCACAACAACUCCCACACCAACAGGGCCGAGGGGGGCAUCUCUAAGGGAGCCACUGUGGGCAUCCUGCUGGAUCUGAACAAGUAUACUCUAACGUUCUUCAUCAACAAAGAGCAGCAUGGCCCCGUGGCCUUUGAGAACCUGGAGGGGGUCUUCAUGCCUGCUGUCAGCAUCAACAGAAAUGUCCAGGUCACCCUACUAACAGGAAUGGAGGUGCCAAAGAAUAUUAAGCAGCAGUAG